CAUAGGUUCAUCUUCGAAUAGUGAAGAGUCGAAAUGGCAACGUUGUGGUGAUCCGAAACAAAAAACCAACGGCUCGCUGACCACUAGCAAUACCUGUCAUACCACACAGUGAGAGGAAAGAGGGGAUCCGAGAUGAUGGCAGCACCUUGCCAUCGGCCAGUGGCAGGGACAGUGUCAGUGCAGUAGUACCACUCGAACGGUGUGUGAGACGGCAUAGUUUAGCGAUGAAUCGUUAAUUGACGAUCGAAUUUUGGUGUGUUGUGGAAGCGAUUUCGAAAAAUGUCAGAGUCGAACAACCUAUACGCCAAGGCCCGUCUGUGCGUCAUCAAAAAAUGGGACCACUUCGACGGGUACGGCUUCAACCUGCACGCUGAAAAAGGCAAACCGGGUCAGUACAUUGGGAAAGUGGACGAUGGGUCGCCAGCAGAAGCUGCAGGUCUUCGGCAAGGGAACAGAAUUUUGGAGGUAAACGGCGAGAGCAUCUCACAAAAGACCCACAAACAAGUUGUGGAGCUGAUCAAGAGCCAGCCCGAAGAGACUCAACUGCUUGUAGUCGACCCGGACGAACUAGACACUAUCAUACCAACCGAUGGCUCAACCAAGGUCGAGAAAAAAACCAAUAACGACACUAAAACGGAGGAAAAUGGUGUCUUGAAUCUCAACAUGACAGCUGCUGAACUGCGUGCCAAACUGGCGGCCAAAAAGCGAUUCGACCCCAAGAAGGAGUCCAUGGAUUUCCAGCAGAAGUUCGAUAUAGUGCAGAAACUCUAGAACACGUGCUUGUGUUUAUAUUUGUAAAUAAGUAGAAUCCUAGUAUGUUAAAUUUGUUUAGCUAAUGAGCGUUGUGAAUAGAAUGAAUUUAGUGGCCUUGCUGCGCGGUUAUUAUAAUUCUCAUUGAAUGCAGUGUUACUUAAUGACAGGUAUCUAUCUAUUAUUUUAAAAUGUAUUGACGCACCUUUACAUUGAAUCUGAUGAUUGCCAUGAGAAUUUCUUGUUGAAUAUAGCUCUGAAAUAUAUUGUUUCCCGAUUA